AUGGGCCAGAUUGGGAAGGGCGGUACGAGGGUGAGACUUGGCGUUGGUGUUUUGGAACAUCAAAGAUGGACAGGGUUUUCGCGGAGGUCGCUCCUCGGAUAUCUCCACAACUACAGGUCGGGGAUCUUCCAAAAUCGAGAAGAUUGGUGCAUAUGGCUAGGUCACUUCACCUUACAAUUUGUAUGGCACUCUGGCCCGGGGUUGUGGUGUGGUAGGGGAGAACGGGGGAUAAUCCCACACAGGAGCUUCGAACAACGUCCGGUUCACGUUUGGCUGGAUAACUCCACCACCACACGGGGUAUGCGGUCGGCGAUGGGGUCAAAAUGCUCGUAUGAUCGAGGGCUUUUCGAUGGAUCUAUCGGCGGGUUCUUAUUCGAAAAAUCGAGCGAGUUCGUGGUGGAGCGGUUCGACAGUCUGAUCUUGAAGAUGGGAACAGAGAACAUCUGA